AUGACAAUGACAAUGACAAUGACAAUGACAAUGACAAUGACAAUGACAAUGACAAUGACAAUGACAAUGACAAUGACAAUGACAAUGUCAAUGACAAUGACAAUGACAAUGACAAUGACAAUGACAAUGACAAUGACAAUGACAAUGACAAUGACAAUGACAAUGACAAUGACAAUAACAAGUAUAACAAGUAUAACAAGUAUAACAAGAAUAACAAGAAUAACAAGAAUAACAAGAAUAACAAGAAUAACAAGAAUAACAAGAAUAACAAGAAUAACAAGAAUAACAAGAAUAACAAGAAUAACAAGGAAUAACAAGUAUAACAAGAAUAACAAGAAUAACAAGAAUAACAAGAAUAACAAGAAUAACAAGAAUAACAAGAAUAACAAGAAUAACAAGAAUAACAAGAAUAACAAGAAUAACAAGAAUAACAAGAAUAACAAGAAUAACAAGAAUAACAAGAAUAACAAGAAUAACAACAAUAACAAGAAUAACAACAAUAACAACAAUAAUAAUAAUAGUAAUACCACAGAAGAUAAUUAUUCUUAUUAUAAGUAA